AUGAAGCCAGCAGUCCAGAAGAAGCCCCUCCAGAGCCGCCACCGCAUCAAUGCCAACGCAGCCGCAGCCGCAGCAGCCAACGGUCAGCAACAACAAGGCGGCACCCCAGCCGUCCCUCGAAUGCUCCGUCGCAUGACCAAGCAGUCCUUUAUGGACGUCGACCUCCAAUACCUCAUGAAGUUGGACCCAACUACCCCAGACCCGUUCGAGAACUCCUCCCCAGUCUUCGAUGACCCCCCAUCCCUCUUCCGUCCACUCCCUACCUCCAUCACGGGUGGACCCGUGGGGACGCACCAGCAGUGGGCGUCUGCUGAGGCGAUUGCGCGUCUCCAGCAGGAACAAGAGGCACUCCGCGUCCAAUAUUUGGCGUUCUUGCACCAAUUGAACCUGUCUAACCCCCAUGGGUUCCUGGUGCAUAUGAACACGUUUGCGGCCGAGUUCCCACAAGAAUUCCAACAGCUCCAAUCGUAUAUCCGGUUCCAGGAACAAAUCACAAACCAGCAACGAGAGGAGGCCAAGCGGGCCGAGGAGAUGAGGUUGUACCAGGCACAGUUGGAGGAACGCCAUCGAGAGGAGCAAGAACAGAAACGCGCCGAGGAGUUGUGGUCCAUGCGAUUGCAAGAAGACCAAGGACGAGAGUUUCGUCGAUCGCUUGAGGAGUGGCUCUACCGUCGCCAGCAGCAGAAGCGUACCUCGACCAGUUUCCGCCUUGGUGGGAACAGUGGGAAGGACGAUGCAAUGGAUAUGGCGGACGUGUUGACGAUUGCGUUACAGAAGGAUCCGAUGUUUGUUGAGAGGAUGAUGGCGAAUGGCGGUCAGGGGCUCGAUGUGAUGUUGACACCGACACAGCAGCAAGAGUUUUGGAUGUUCUUGGAGGAGAAGCAAGCCAAAGAGUUGUUGGCGCAGGAGAAGAAGCGACGGGAACUAGCGUCUGCUGGGUUCAGUGAUAUUGUUACCCAGCAGCAUUCUUCUUCGUCGGCUUCGAUGUUUGGUGGAGGUAGUGGAGGAGUGUUGUCGUCGGCGAUGUUUGGUCACUUGAUGAGUGGCAACAACAACAACAACAACAACAACCAAAAUGGGUUUACGACGAGUUCGUGGGGUUCAGGCAACAACGGACUGUUUGGCAGCAACAACGAGACGCCAAUUGCAUUCCCGAGCCAGUUCCGGCCUUCGAUGACACACGAACAGUACCUGAAGCGCAACCGUGGCAGGCCCACGUCCAGUCGGCGAUGA